AUGGGCGGCGGUGGCAUUGCUCCUAUGCUCUCACCGUCGCCAGCCUCGGGUAGCCCGACCAACAGUCGCGCCACGUCGGCUGUCGCGGCCGUCAGCGUCGCCCUCAUCCUGCUCUACCUCUUCUGGCGCUUCGUAUGGCAGUCCAAGAAACACGCGCGGACGAACGAUAGCCUCGGCGCCACCUCGUCGACGGCGCCGCCGCCGGAGGCUUGCAGAGCGAGCGUCGACGCGGAGCGCGGCGAGAACGGGAAGACCCCGCUGCCGGUGUUCGUGCACGUGGCCACGCCGGCGGCUGGGGGCGCGGAGGAGAAGGCGGAGUGCGCGGUGUGCCUGGUGGAGUUCGCGCACGGCGAGGCCGGGCGGCUGGUGCCGGGCUGCGGCCACGGGUUCCACGCCGCGUGCAUCGAGCCGUGGCUGCGGGUGAGGUCGACGUGCCCGCUCUGCCGCGCCGCGGUGGUGGAAGAGGAAGAGCGGAGCGCCGGGCCUGCUCCAAGGUUGGAGCGCAGCUGAUCAUUUUCCGCGUGACGUAGUGCAAUAAUCGUUGCACACGUCGGUGGAACAGCAAGCUUUGUUCAGUAGUGGAUUCUGUUUUGUGUGUGUGUGUGCGCGCGCGCGCUUCUGCUAGCACACUGCACACGGCGCACGUUCGUCCAAAUCGUACGUAAC